UAGUUAGUUGCAUGAAGGAGCGUCAGUGUGUUCUUGAGGGGGAUAGUCUCGGUGGUGCUCGGAUACGGAUAGGGGACUCUGGAUACACACUUGGACACAGAGUUUGCGUUCUCUUAAGUGCUCAUCAUGCCGGUUUUUCACACAAAGACGAUCGAGAGUAUCCUGGAGCCGGUGGCCCAGCAGAUCUCUCAUCUGGUCAUCAUGCACGAGGAGGGAGAGGUGGACGGGAAAGCCAUCCCGGAUCUCACCGCUCCGGUGGCCGCUGUGCAGGCAGCUGUCAGUAACCUGGUCCGGGUGGGCAAAGAGACGGUUCAGACCACCGAGGAUGCCAUCAUGAGAAGAGACAUGCCGCCUGCCUUUAUAAAGGUUGAGACGGCGUGCACUAAACUGGUUCAGGCGGCUCAGAUGCUGAAGUCCGACCCGUAUUCAGUCCAAGCCAGAGAUUAUCUGAUCGACGGGUCCCGCGGGAUCCUGUCGGGAACCUCCGACCUGCUUCUGACCUUCGACGAGGCUGAGGUUCGUAAGAUCAUCCGUGUGUGUAAAGGGAUUCUGGAGUAUCUGACCGUGGCGGAGGUGGUGGAGUCCAUGGAGGACCUGAUCACUUACACCAAGAACCUGGGACCAGGGAUGACGAAGAUGGCCAAGAUGAUCGACGAGCGUCAGCAGGAAUUAACUCAUCAGGAGCACAGAGUCAUGCUGGUCAACUCCAUGAACACCGUCAAAGAGCUGCUGCCCGUCCUCAUCUCAGGCAUCAAGAUCUUCGUGACGACCCGGACGUCUCAGGGGAAAGGUGUGGAGGAGGCGCUGAAGAACAGGAACUUCACGGUGGAGAAGAUGAGCGCAGAAAUCAAUGAAAUCAUCCGCGUGCUGCAGCUCACGUCCUGGGACGAGGACGCCUGGGCCAGUAAGGUGUGUGAGAGGGCAAAGGUCACGGUGUCUUCAUAACCCCGCCUAACAAAC